AUGACUUGCAAAGCUGUUGUAGAUUCCUCGGCCAAGAAAGAAAGACAGUACGUCGGAGUUCGGAAACGGCCGUGGGGGAAAUACGCCGCCGAGAUUAGGGAUUCGACGAGGAAUGGGUUGAGGGUGUGGUUGGGGACUUUCGACAGCGCCGAGGAGGCAGCGCUGGCUUAUGACCAAGCUGCGCUGCUCAUGCGGGGCCCCGCGACUUUUCUAAACUUGCCGUUGGACACCGUUCGUGACUCGCUGAAAGGAAUGCGGUGCGGCGGCGACAAGGCGGCGUCAUCGCCGGUGGCUACGUUGAAGGAGAGUUACAAGAGGCGGAGUAGCACGUCCAUGUUCGGAGGUAACAACAAACGGGGAAUCGAGUUGGAUAAGGUUUUGGUUUUAGAGGAUUUGGGUCCUGAGCUUUUAGAUGAGCUAAUAUUCUCCGAAUAUACCUCCUCAUGCAUACAGUAUGUUUGGUUUAUACAUGGUCAGGCCAUCAGAAGGAACCCUUCUCGACCUUUGCCGACCAUUUACCUUGUUAUUCUUGACCUAAUAGUGAUAACCGACCUAAAUAGCAAGCAGGGCAGAACACAUGGUUGUCGAGGCGCUGCUCCCGAACCUACCCACUGCACCAUGUCGGACGUCUGGCAUGUGACCCUCGCCUGCCCUAUAAAUAUAACAUUUAUGGCGAGGGCAAAGGACUUUUGGCAUCUUCACCUACUAUACAUAAGCUCGGGAUCAUCUGACUCUUAUUCUGCCCCCGAGCUCACAAACUUAAAUCAACAAGCAAACUAA